AGAGAGGAGAUAGAGGAGAGAAGAGAGAGAGAGAGAGAGAGAGAGAGAGAGAAAUAGAGAGGAAAAAAAAAUCGUGAAUGAACACCGCGAGAAAUUGGACGAGAAAGCGCGCCGCCAUCCCUGCCUGGCUGGUCGGUCGGAUGGUGGUCCCUCAGUCAAUGGUCACCACGGAAGGAAGGAUACGCUGCGUCUCUCGCGUCAAUGGUAUGAUGCUAUGACGGCAUGGAUACCCCACGCCCGCAGAACUUUCCGGGCGUUUGGCGAGACGAUGCAUGGGCGUCGAGGUGGAGAUAAUGCCUCUGCUAUCGUUGUCACGAGUGGGGAUCAUUUAGAAAACAAUAUUUGCUUGCAAGACUUGAUGUUCCUGAUGGCCAUGCGAAUCCAGGAGAACCAAGAAAUCAUGGGGUGGCUGCCGGCUGCUGCCAGGACACACAGUCGUUGCAGGCUCUUGUUUUCGUGUUCGCUGACUACGAUCUCCUCAACCUUUCAUCAAAGACUACCAGAGGUGUUGUGUGCGGGCUGUUUCGUUCAGAGAGGACACCAAGCCUAUCCUCCCUUCGCGUCCUGCGUCUGUCGCACUGGCUAAGCAUCUGUUGCUGAGUGGUGCGCUUGAUGCCCCAGCUGACUUUCAAGAGGAUCCUAGUGAGGCUGAAGUAUGCAGACCGCCUCUCCCUCCGAGAAAUGGUGCACAGUGCAAAGAUAAGCCCCCUAUACCUCCCAGAAAGAGCGUUGUGGGCGGUGCAUAUAAGCCCUCUCUCCCCCCGCGAAACAGUGAAGUCGAACAGACCUCACCCAUUUCACCCACAGCCAAACCACCUCUCCCUCCGAGAAGCAGUGAGAACCUUAGAAAACUCCAGUCACACUGCA